AAAAGUGAAGAUUAAUCCUUUCGAGUACUGCUAAAAAUAAUUUCUUCAAAAUAUAAUAGUUUUUUUCUCUUAUUUUAGUUUGAAGAAUGGAAGUCAUGAUGAGCAACCACAACAAUGGCACCUCCACCACCAAAAUUAUUCACAAAAAUGGCAGCAUUUGCAAUGGCAAUGGUAAUGUUAAUGGCAACUCCCAUUCCCAUGACAAUGAAAAUAAGCUUGUAGAGUUCACUAACUCUAUCAAGCCUGGUUGGUUUUCCGAGUUUAGCACACUUUGGCCAGGUGAAGCAUUUUCACUUAAAAUUGAAAAGUUACUAUUCCAAGGAAAGUCUGAUUAUCAAGAUGUCAUGCUCUUUGAGUCAGUAACAUAUGGGAAGGUGUUAACACUGGAUGGGGCAAUUCAACACACAGAGAAUGGUGGAUUUCCCUACACUGAGAUGAUUGUUCAUCUCCCACUUGGUUCCAUUCCAUUCCCCAAGAAGGUUUUAAUCAUCGGUGGAGGUAUUGGUUUCACACUGUUUGAGGUCUCUCGUUACCCAACUAUCGAAAAAAUAGACAUAGUUGAGAUCGAUGACGUGGUCGUAGAUGUAUCUAGAAAGUUUUUCCCAUACCUAGCAGCAGGGUUUGAUGAUCCCAGAGUAUCCCUUAUUAUUGGCGAUGGAGCUGCAUUUGUGAAAGCUGCUCAACCUGGAUACUAUGAUGCCAUUAUUGUCGACUCUUCUGAUCCUAUUGGUCCAGCAAAAGACUUGUUUGAAAGGCCAUUCUUUGAGGCAGUAGCUAAAGCCCUAAGGCCAGGAGGAGUAGUGUGCACACAAGCAGAAAGCAUUUGGCUUCACAUGCAUCUAAUUAAGCAAAUUAUUGCAAAUUGUCGACAAGUCUUUAAGGGUUCUGUCAAUUAUGCAUGGACUACAGUUCCUACUUACCCUACUGGUGUAAUUGGUUACAUGCUUUGCUCUACGGAGGGACCAGAAGUUAAUUUCAAGAAUCCAGUGAACUCAAUUGACAAACAUAUCAAAUCCAAGGGACCUUUGAAGUUCUACAACUCUGAUAUUCAUAAAUCGGCUUUUAUUUUGCCAUCUUUUGCGAGGGAUUUGAUUGAGUCUUGAUUAAACAAAUAAUGAUGAUUUAAUGCUAUAUUUAUUGUAUCAAGAUUUGUUGUGUAUGGAUAAAUAAUGAAGAAGUUUAUGUCUAUGCAAUUUACUUAAAAUAAAAUGUAUAAUGUAAUAAACUGGGAAGUGAUCAUCAACCAGAAAUGUGACAAUGUACGAGAACUAUUGUUAUUCAUUGAUGUUUAU